AUGUCUGCGCUCAACAUGUCGAUGUAUUAUGUGUUCACUCAUUCUUUUACGAUAUGGCCCGAUGCUUAUGAGUGCCCGGAUACGGUGGAUGGGACGAAAAUGAUGACAAGGCCAGCAUUAGGACUGUAUUUUUUAGUGUCUGGAGUAGUUUUUCUGCUUCUUUACAUCCUGUGCUUUAUUGCUAUAAUCAAAAAGAAAAGCUGUGCUCCUUCGUUCCAACUCAUGCUAGUUUUGUCAAUUUUCGACAUUCAAGCCAUUUGUGUCAACUCAAUCGCUACGGGAACUUUCAACAUCCUUGGCAUUUCUUACUGUCAAUCUCCUCUUCUAAUAUUUUGUCUCGGUGCAAUUGGCGUUUGCUCCUGGAUGGGAGGAUGUGCCGCUUCAGUUCUCUUAGCAAUGGAAAGAUGUGCGGAAGUCAAGCCUCGGUUCUUUCUGGAGUUUCUGUUUCGAGGAGACGUGUUCCCUUUAGUGAUAUGUCUGCUAAUUGGUUACGGUAUCUACUCGUUUGGUUUUGUGAAGCCAGUUCUGUUCACAGUGGAGCACAGUUGUUGGUUUUUUGACCCACAACUCGGGAAGAAUCCUGAACUCUACAACAACUUAUCCGUGACCAUCAACAAUAUCUCAAUUGUUUUAUUAUCCACAUCUCUCUAUUUCUAUCUCUGCUAUCAUUUGAUCUUCAGAUUUGGAUAUUCUACGUCAAUGUGGUUGUACAAAACAAAAAGACAGAUAAUUCUGCAAGGAGUCACUCUAUGUGUUUUUCAUGCAAUCGACGCAGUUCUCUACGAGUACAUGAAGUUUUUCUAUUCCUCUCCAUUACUCAUUAUAAUCAGUCAAUUUGUUUGGCAAUGGAGUAGUGGAUGCAUGUGUAUUGCCUAUCUGACACUGAAUCGAACCAUUCGAAACUCUGUUGUCAAAAUGGUUCUGCCGAAAUCUAUCCGACUACGUUAUGGAUUAUACGUAGGGUUUGAUGAGCAUUUGGAGCAGACCAAGGUGGCAAACACGAAUGCUGCUGGCACUGUUGUAAAGUUUGGCAACUUCUGUAACUGA